CCAAGUGAAGAGGUUUGGUGUGUUUAGGUGGAAACCUUCAUUUCGUCUUCAGCCGCUGUGGGCAUCGUAUUGUACUUGCACAUUGAAGUGUGGUGUCUUGGUUAAAAUGGCAAAAAAUGUUAAUUCUCGAGGGAUUCCUGUUGGCCACAUGAGCCUUGCGGUCUCGGAUGGAGAGUUGAAUAUGGCUGCACGGAGCAGUACAGGCAGCAGCUCCAGCCUCCCUGGGACCCCGGGCGGCGAGGCAUGUGUGCUCAGCUGGGCUGUCUCUUUUGAGAAGCUGUUGGAAGACACCAGUGGAGUCAAUUACUUUACAGCCUUUCUGAAAUCGGAGGUGAGUGCAGAGAACAUAUUAUUCUGGCAAGCGUGUGAAAAGUUCAAGAAGAUCCCAGCUACAUCAUUGGAGGAGCUGAAGGUGAGAGCUCGCUCCAUCUAUGAAACGUACUUGUCUGAAAGUGCUCCCCACUCUGUCAACAUCGAUGACACGGCCAAAAAAGAUGAAAAAGACUUGGAGCAACCAACUCCCGAUAUGUUUGACAAGGCUCAAGCACAGAUAUUUAAGUUGAUGAAGAUGGACAGCUACAGACGAUUUGUGCGCUCUCCUCUCUACAAAAGCUGCACUUUGGCAAGUGUAGAAGGCAAACGUUUACCUCCGCUCUCUGCAGAACCUUUUCGCACGGUCUCCUGGGAGGAUGUGGCCAAUCGAAGCCUCAACUUAAGUGACAAAAAGAGCAAGGCAGAGGAAGGCACUUUUCCAGCCGGCAAGAGCAUCAAACCGCGACAAAAAAGAGGGUCCUGGGGAGAUGCCCCCCACAGCAAUGUUUAUCUUUAUCACAGAGAGCAUAAAGCUGUCAAGUCGAGCAGUAAUGUGGAGCUUGACUCCCUCUACAGGGCAGCAGAGAACGGCCAAUCGUGUCCUCGCUCCCCAGAGCAAGCUGGCAUUUCAAGAGGACACUGUGGGAUGGAAGGCGGCUAUUGUUGCGUCUACCUGCCUGAUGGUAGUGCCUCCUUGGCUCCGACCCCUUAUGGCCAGCCCAUCAGAGAGAUGCUAGCCAGCCUAUGUGAGAAAAGAGGCUUCUCGCUAAAAGAUGUCUUCAUUUACCUUCAAGGCAUGGACAAGCCAUUAUCACUGGACCAAGACUGCUCGGUACUGAGAGAUCAGCAGGUUUUGCUUGAGCUUCGGGUGAUGUUUGUACUGGAAAAUGCAUUUACUGGAAAGACUGGUGGAAUCAUGGCAAAGUCAAGCAAGACACUGCAGGAUGCCCUAUCCACAGUGUUACAAAAACAUAGCCUAAAGCCUCACGAGGCCCAGGUUACCAUGGUUGGGAGUGACAAGACUGUGAACAUGAACACUACGGUGUUCAGACUAGCCAAUAAGAUGCUCCGGCUUGACAGAGCAAGAGGAAGAGACCCGAGCAACAUCACCAGAGCCAGUGGAACUGCAUUUGCCACACAGGCAGGGUCAGGUGAUCUGGAUACCCGGUUGUCCCCUCCGACUGACAAAGAAAAGACUUCACCAAAGCCCAGUAAGAACCCCGACAUGGAUGGGUUUCUGGACAUGCUGACGAGGGCCCAGUGCUGCAGGGUCGACGACCAGCGAGGUCUGCUCACCAAAGAGCAGCUCGAGGUUCCUCUGUUCCUUCAGCUACCCGCAGACCACGGAAAAGAGCCGCGGUCCGAAGAGUCGAGCACGAGCGCCUCUUCAACUGCACAUCCAGACAAGGUCACAGAGGGCUCACAACCCAUGACCUCAGCCGAAUCUGAACACAAAGAUUUGCGGGAAACAUCUGUAUGAAAGACCUUGUGUGUGUGUGUGGGGGGGGGGGGGGGGGGGAGAAUAAGAAAUGCAAAGAACAUGCUCGACACAUGUGGCCACCUGAUUUUUUAAAAUUAUUUUUUUGUGUGUGCGUGUAGCACUUAAUUAUCAUUGGAAAAAUAAGCUCUCAGUCAGCAUUGUGCUACCUCUUCUACCAAAGCUUGACUUCUUUAGGAAGAAGAGAAAGAAGGCAUGAGGACACAUUUGACAAACACUACACUUCUUUAUAAGGCGAGUGUUUCAUGCGAAAUAUUUUAAUGUAGCUAAAAUGAAAGCACCUUGCAGUAAUGCAGUUGGAUUUACAGUAUUUGUUUCACUUGUAUUUGAAUGAGAUUUCACUUCACUGCAUUGAGGAAUAAUCAUGUGUUACUGUAAACUACAGCCGCAUGGGACGGCGCAGUUUUUGAAUAUUGCAUGUUUCAAGACGAUAUAGUGUUUUAAGGUUUGUUUUUGUUGUUGUUGUUUUGAAAAGACUUCAUUCACCUCCUUGUUUUGUUUUGUUUGCUGUGAUGGUACAUUAAAGUCCUGCUCUGCUCCCACCUGAAACUUGUAAUUUACAGGAUCAUCAUUAUCACUUCAUGUUGUAAUGCAGGGAGUCAAUAGACAGUAGCAGCUUUAACAGCUCAAGGCGACUAUCCAAACAAUUAAAAUCUUGUCGAAUACGAACCCUUCUCUCUCCUCUGUACAUAUUGCAUGUCAGCUUUAAGCCGUUGGUUCAUUUGCAGUGAUGUCUUUGCUUGACACUUAAAUUUGAAUUUAUUUUAUAGCAGCGCAGCCACAUCCCAUAACGCCUGUGAUGUUAACUGUGCAAUCCAUAAAGCUAUAAAUGAAACUGAACUCUCACGAUAACUUCAACAUGCAGCAUCUGGUAGGACCACCUAUGGUUCACUUCUUAUUUCUAUAGACUGCAGCAUAGAGCUUUUAACAAUCAAUUUCAAGACAAAGGAUUCCAUUAAUCAAGUACUUCAAGUAAAUCUGCCUCCUGUUUGUCAAGAUGCAUAGCAGAGAGCAUCCUGUUUGGCAUACUAGGUGUCUGGCAUUUUCUCUCCUCCUUUCUCCCGUGCGUGUGUGCGCGCGCGUUCCUUCUAUCCAUGCGUGAAUGGUGCAUCGGUAGAGCUUUGAAUGGGCACAGGGAAAGGCGUGCGUGUGCUCACACAGACUCCAUAGCAGCAGUGACGCCAGGAGCAUCUCCUCGCCCUGACGUCUAUACAGAGAAGAGGAAGCAAAGCAGGUUUCACUAAAUAGAAUUGCAAAUUCUGUCUCUGGGCAGUUUUCCAAUUGAAGUCCUCUUCACUGAAGUCAGCCAUGGAGCAAAAGACAGAUGAGUGCUCCACCAGCACCUCACCUCAGAAACACAUGAAGAGCCGCUCAAAAUCCAUCGAGGAGACGCAACAGUCCAAGAGGGGCAUUUCUUCACAGAAAUCCCUUCCAGGAAGACCAGAGCUGGACAGAGUGAAGGAGUGCGUUGACUGUUCAGAGACGCCCUCAUCCUCCACCGAGGAAUUAAAGGGAUGAACCAAUGACAUAGUCAUCUUGUCAUCAAAUUCACAUUUGUAAGAAAAAGCAAGCGAUACGCAGAUGUUUAGAAAAAAAACACAACUUGAAUACUGUAAGUUGUCACAAACACAUAUGCACGUUAAGACAUUGCAUGUAAAGAAAAUAUGGUUCUGCUCUGUUGUAAAGAAGGCCCGACCGAUAUAGAUUUAUUGAUAGAUUUUAUUUUUUAUUUUUCUAGCAAGUGCCAUUUGUAAUACUUGGCAGGGUAAAAUUUCUGAUAACUCAAUCGGCUGAUGAAUUAAAAAAUAUAUAAUGAAUUAAAUACUGCACAUUUCUUUUGUGGUUCCUCAACACUUUCAACAAUAUAAAUGUAUUGCCGGCGGAAUAUUUGACUGUUUUACAAUACGUUGUCCUAACUUUAUGUCAGACAGAUAGAGAGAGAGAAUGAUUUUUUUCCCUUGUGUAUGUGUGUGUGUGUGCGUGUGUGUGUGGACUGCCUAUACAGUACAGUAUAUAAAAAAUUGUCUGGUUUAUGAGGUGAUAUUGGCUGAUUAAUCGGUUGGGCCUUAGCUGUAAACAUUGCAAAAUGUGAACUGACAAGAAAAUCGUGUACAUCAGUUGGUGCAAGCCAACAAGCCCAUUAGGUGGUCAUGAAGCAUUUUUAUUUAUUUUACAAUGGAGAGCUGUUCCUCUUCCAUGAAUAUGUUUUCGUGCGCACGUUGUAGCCAAUGAACAAAGACAUCAACCACUCUACAGUAUUUAGUUUGUAUCUCCUGGCCUCAAGCCAGCAAAAGGUGUGAAUUAUGGAAUAGUGUUCCCGCUAUUGUAUCAAGUUGUCGGUUGAUGCUGUUGAUUCUCCAUUUUCCGCUGCACUCAUUUUGUAAAAGUACAUCCGCUUUGCUUGGUGCAUCACUCAACAUGUAUGCUGCUUACCUACAGCAUACUGUUACGACCACUCUCGGUGCUAUUCAAGAUGAAAAUAUCUUUUUUAAGGAAAAAAACUGAGCUCUUCUAAUGGCUUUGGUUGCGGUAGGUGACGGUUUUGUGAAAAUAUAAUAAAAUCCUCCACUCAA